GCAACUCGAGCGACCGCCGCCGCCAUGUCAACCCGAGAAAACAACAAGCAACUGGAGACAGACAUGGACGAGCACGGAGAUAUGAAGAGCGAUGUGCUAACACAAGCGGCGGUGGCCAUGGAGCAAUUCACAGAAGAGAAGGAAAUCUCCAAGCACCUAAAAACUUGGCUCGAGGAAAAGUACGGCCCCACGUGGCACUGCAUCGUGGGCUCUGAAUACAAGACGUCGUUCACGUACGAGAGCAAGAACUUCAUCAAGUUCAAUGUCGGGAAGAAAUGCAUUACGCUAUUUCGCCACAGUUAAAACACGCUUCGCGUCGUUGGU